AUGACACAGUGUCUCAUCAAUUAUCUGUACAAUCAAAUUCCACCCAUAAACGCCAUUGAUGAUUAUGAUGAUUGUUUAUACCAAAAUACACAGAACACAUCUGGCACAUUUUGUUUCAUUUAUGCCGAAAUAAAGCCAAAUGCUUCCUCAGAAAUCUGGAGGACAAUCGAAGAACAUUCUAGAACUGAAAGAAAUCGAUUCAGAUAUGAUAAAUUACUUCGCGGUGUUUGUUUGGCGAAGUGCAUGGACUCUCCAAAAGAAGAAAGCCACGUAGAUAUAUCAACUAAUGAACCAAUUGAAGACAAGGAGCUUUUGAAUUUCUUUAGACAGAUUUAUGGAUAUCAAAUAUAUGAAAACAUCGGUUAUGAUUCUGUAAUUCACACUUGUCUUAAUAGGGAAAUGCAUAAAAACUAUAACUUGAGACUCCGAACAAAUUUACUUUAUUGUGAACACAGCAAAUCAAACACAACAAAUAGAUAUGAUUACUUGGAUAUAUUGGGAUAUACUUUGAUAUCUAGUAUUGGAAUUUUCGUCAUAUUUUCAUCCGUAUACGACCAUUUUCUGUUUAAGAAUCAAACCUCAGAAAAAUGGUUUCAUUUUUAUCGCAAACCAUUUAAAUCUAAAGCCAGUACUCUCUUGACUUCGUUCUCAAUAAUGCGAAAUUAUGCCAUCUUCAUGAAACCUUUAGGAGGAAGAACUGCUCACGAUUUGCAAUGUUUUAACUUUUUCCGCUUAAUCGGAGAAAUUACUAUUAUUAUAGCACAUAUAGUACUGAAUAUUAUGACAGUUGUUGGUAAUCCAAAAUUUGUGGAAGAGAAUAUAUUUAAUGGUUUACAUGCAAUAUUGGGAAAUGAAAUUACCGCUAUUCAUACUAUAGAGACGAAAUUACUUUUCUCAACAUAUACACUCCAUUUUAUACGAAUAUCAGUGGAUUCAUUUUUGGCAUCAUAA